AUGCCAGCACGACGUAAAGCAGCGGAAUCAGCUACAACGCCACGAAAGACAAAGGAUAGUGCUGGUGGUAGCGUUGAUGGUUCACAAAAGUACACGGUAUACGUGAAAGAACGUUCGAGCGUGACAAGUUUAUUACCACCGGACGUAAAUCCUUUUUCAAGGGAAGAAGCAAUAUAUUGGCAAUUAUCCUUUCCUAAGAUCGAUACGGGAGGAGUUGGAGGAGUUGACAGAGUUGUCAUCAAUCAAGGAGGCAAUCCAAGAUAUGUAAUUAGAUCAUUGGAAUUUGCAAACACAGCUCUAGAUGAGAAUCAAAGUUUCAUGGAAAAUUUUCCAGAACAUUUACGUUCAGUCAAACUUUUGUUUUCGCAAUUGGAUAGUACGACAUAUAAAAUUCAACCAAUUGGAGAGAAUGACGAUUUGAGCAACGAAAACAACAACAAUAAUAAUAAUCGUAAUGGUGACGUUAAUAAUAGCAUAACAUUUACGCUAGAAGACUUGAGAAAGAUCAUUGUGGCAGAAGUAAGGAAUCAUAUGAAAUCCGAACAUGACAAAGCUUUACCAUCAAUGCCGAUUGAACCAAAUACCGAACACAUUCGUAACUUGGUAAGCCAUGAAGUUAAACAAAUCGCCAACGAAGUUAAAAACGAAGUGAAAAGGGAAAUAUCUAUUCGUACGAGUUCGAGACCGAGAGGAUUUAGAGGGGUGGAAAUGAUUGAGAUAAUCCGUCAAGAAGCGCGGAAGGUGGUCCUAGAGGAAUUAUUGGUAUUCUCUCAAGACAAGAUAAACAAACCAGAUUUCGCAUUACAUUCGAGUGGUGCCAAUGUGAUAAGUAGGUUCACAAGUAAAACUUAUGAAUUAUGGCCUGAUAAAUGGUAUAAAAAGACAGCCGCGUACCUAUUCGGACAGGGUAUCUUACGUGGUAAACCACCUGUGACGGCAAUUUCUCCUGAUACUCAUGUUGGGCAAUGCUGGCCAUUCUCAGGAUCCGAAGGUCAAUUGGCGAUCUUACUUAACAGGAGAGUUUACGUUACCGCGGUUACUUAUGAUCAUGUUAGCAGAAAUGUAUCGAUUGAUGUACAUUCGGCUCCAAAGGAAUUUGAAGUAUGGGGGAUAAUCGAUGAUGGAAAGGAUCGCAAAGAAAGUGAAACAGAAGAGAAUGGGGAUUUAGAUGUCGAACCAUUUGAAGAGAGUUACAUGGAAUCAAUCGAAGAAGAAUGUGGUAUAAGACAGGAAGGUGAAUAUGAACCCGAUAGGAAUUUUCACUUUCAAGUUAAUGGUAAUUCAAAUGAUGGCUUGGGCGAUUUGGAUCUUAUGGAUAACAUAACUAGCGAGGAAUUACAUUUAGGCAAUUCUCCCCUACAUUUAUUCUUGGGCAGAUAUGUUUAUAAUAUUAGUUCUGUACCCGUACAAACUUUUGAAGUGCCACAAGAGAUUUUGGAAUCGAAUAAACCGGUUCGAGCGGUUAUCAUGAAAGUUAAUAGUAAUUGGGGUAAACCUGGUUAUACUUGCCUAUAUCGUUUCCGUGUACAUGGCAAUCCUGUCGAUAUACUCAUUAUAUUAAUUUAUAUCAAGUCGUAA